ACUGGUUGGGAAGUCAACGAUGUCGGCAGUCUCUUGUUCGAUCACGUAAAGACAUAUACUUUAACUGAUAUUAUUGUAGUGCUACAAAUUAAAGAGAAUAAAGACAUUUUCAUUAACUUAAAUCUCAAAUUUUAUUUGUCAAAAAUGAUUAAAAUCUUCAUCAUCGGCGUUUCAAUUUUCUCUGUUUGUUAUGGGGCUUUUACUUGUCCGAAAAAAGAUGGCCAGUAUGAAGAUCCUGUGCAAUGUGAUAAAUUCUACCAGUGCGAAGAUGGCGUAGCGAAAGAAAAGUUCUGUCCUGACGGCCUUGUAUUCGACCCAUUGAAUCGUAAAAUUAAUAAAUGUGACCAUGUCUUUAACGUGGAUUGUGGGGACCGUCUUGAAUUACAACCUCCUCAGCCAACUAAAAAAUGCCCGAGAAAAAAUGGCUUCUUUGCCCAUCCAGAUCCUACAGUUUGCAAUGUUUUUUACAAUUGUAUUGAUGGAGAAUCAGUAGAGAUUACUUGUACAACUGGACUUCACUUUGAUGAAUUUAGUGGCACUUGUGUAUGGCCGGACAGCGCUGGACGUGAGGGAUGUGGAGCAGUAGGCAAAAAACUUAAAGAUGGUUUUGAAUGUCCAAAAGACCGACAAACCGAUACUAGAGGCCAGGUUGUUGACCACCCGAAAUAUGCUCAUCCCAACGACUGUCAAAAGUUUUACGUUUGCUUAAAUGGUGAUACUCCACGUGAACAAGGUUGUAGCGAUGGAACUGUAUACAACGAAGAACAACAAAGAUGUGAUGCACCAGAAAAUGUGUUAGGAUGUGAGGAUUGGUAUAAAAAUGAAGAGAAACAAUCUUAAACAUAUAUUUAAUGUUCAUCUGCUACCGACUGAUAUUUUGCAUUUUUAAUAUUAUUAUCAUCGACUUAUUCAUAGCACCCAAAUCCAUUCAACAGUGUCAAUGACAUUUUGCUCAUAUUAUUUUCUAUUCUUUUCUGAAGAUAAAUAAAAUAAGUUCAUCAAAGAUAAAUUUCUUGUAAUUAAUAUCCCUACAAACGAUGUCAUAGACGAAAGAGAUCUCAAAAAGAAAGAAAAAAAAAAUACCCUAUGACAAAAAAUUGGUCUUCUAACAGGAUAUCAUUUUGGUUGGAUCUUACAACUUAAAAUAUUUCAAUGCGAAAUAUUUAUGUGCGGUAUCAAUUUUCCGGGAAUUUAUAACCGGUAAUGAUAAAAUAACUAUCACGAAUCGACAAUAUAAAAUCGAUGAAUGAUUGUAAUCUAAGAUUAAAAAUAAAUAAAUAUUAAUUGAUUAUCUUAAAUAAAAGUAUUAAACCAUA